GUAAUAUGUUGGAGUGAUGGGAAUGCACUCUGCAAUUUAAAGGGGAAGAUUAACAAAAGCACAAAAAUGUUUUGCAAUCCAUAUUCUAGAUGCUAACCAUUGCUCUUUUUGGUGUCCCAAACAAGACGCAGCUUUUAACUGCCACAGCAAUAGACAAAAUCCCCAAAAAGCCUCAAAAGAAAAUAGAAAUCCCACUCAACUGCACUGCACUACGCCUCACAAAAACCUGCCCCACAUCCUACCCAACAACCCAAGAACGUCUCGAGCUUCCAUCACCAGAGAUCUGUCCGGAAUACUUCCGUUGGAUCCACGAGGAUCUUAGGCCAUGGGCCUACACAGGAAUUACUAGAGACAUGGUGGACAGGGCCCAAAAAACUGCAAAUUUCAAAUUGAUUAUAGUGAAUGGAAGAGCGUACAUGGAGAGAUACCACAGGGCAUUUCAAACAAGGGAUGUUUUCACGCUGUGGGGGAUCUUACAGUUGUUAAGGAAGUAUCCCGGAAAGGUGCCUGACUUGGAACUCAUGUUUGAUUGUGUAGACUGGCCUGUCAUCAAGUCAAGUGAUUAUGCUGGCCCCAAUGCAUCGGCACCACCUCCUUUGUUUCGAUAUUGUGCGGAUGAUGAGACAAUGGAUAUUGUUUUUCCUGACUGGUCUUUUUGGGGAUGGCCAGAGAUUAAUAUAAAACCAUGGGAGUCAUUGUUAAAUGACUUAGCUGAAGGCAAUAAUAGGACUGCAUGGAUGGAAAGAGAACCCUAUGCUUAUUGGAAAGGAAAUACUGCUGUUGCCAAAACUAGACAGGACCUCGUCAGAUGUAAUGUCUCAGACAAACAAGAUUGGGGUGCUCGUGUUUACGCCCAGGAUUGGAUUAGGGAAUCAAAGAAAGGGUACAAGCAAUCUGACUUGGCAAGCCAAUGCACCCAUAGGUUCAAGAUCUACAUUGAAGGCUCCGCAUGGUCGGUUAGUGAAAAAUACAUUCUUGCGUGUGAUUCAGUGACCUUACUUGUAAAACCCCGGUACUACGAUUUUUUCACUAGAGGUUUGAUGCCAGUGCACCAUUAUUGGCCUGUUAAGGAUGUUGAUAAGUGCAAAUCGAUCAAGUAUGCAGUUGACUGGGGCAACAACAAUACCCAAAAGGCACAUGCCAUUGGGAAGGCAGCCAGCGAAUUUAUUCACCGAGAGUUGAAGAUGGACUAUGUAUAUGACUACAUGUUCCAUCUCUUGAAUGAAUAUGCCAAGCUCUUGAGAUUCAAGCCUGAGGUGCCUAAGAAUGCAAUUGAACUUUGCUCGGAGAGCAUGACUUGUCCGGCCAAGGGAUUAGAGAAGAAAUUUAUGAUGGAAUCCCUAGUGAAGAGUCCUUCAGACACAAGCCCAUGUAGGAUACCGCCUCCUCACGAUCCUGCAUCUCUUCAUACAAUGCUCAAAACAAAGGAAGAUUCAGUAAAACAAGUAGAUGCGUGGGAGAAAAAUUUUUGGGAAAAUCAACGAGAAGAAAACAAACAGGGCUAAAGAGAGUAUUGAAUACUUCUGUAAUUUCAUCUUAUACAAAAUAGUAUAAACAAGCUUGCUUAUUUUCCUUUUAUUUAUGUAGAGCAAGGAAAUUUCAACCUCAAACACUAGUAGUAAAUAUUCCGCAUAAAC